AUGAGCACAUUAGCAUUUUGGGUUGGGGGUUACUCUUCAGCCACAACGGCAAAGCUCUUUACAAUAACAACAACGUCGUCCUCGUCGUCCUCCACUGCCCGAUUGAGGUUAUCGCGUUGCAAAUUUAGUGCAUCAGCUCCCUCAGAAGCUUCAGACAUCAUCCAAUUGUCCAGCAGCAGCAGAUAUCAACGCAGUGAAACCAAUGCAAUUCGGUUGAAAAGAAGAGAAGCAAUUGGAUUGGGCAUAGGGUUUGCUGAUGGCCUUCUUUCGCUUCUUCUACAAUCGUCACGGCCAGCGGCAGCAGCUGAAGCUGCUCCAAGUCCAUGUGAGCUAACAAUCGCUCCUUCCGGUCUUGCGUACUGCGAUAAAAUUGCGCAUUACGUAGGAAAAUUGGAGAACGGCAAGGUCUUCGAUAGCAGCUACAACCGCGGCAAGCCUCUUACCUUUCGUGUUGGUGUCGGCGAGGUGAUCAAAGGCUGGGACGUGGGUAUUCUAGGUGGUGAUGGAGUUCCACCCAUGCUUGCUGGAGGAAAACGCACACUGAGACUUCCUCCAGAGCUUGGUUAUGGCAUGAGAGGGGCUGGAUGUAGGGGAGGUUCAUGCAUUAUUCCUCCUGAUUCCGUUCUACUCUUCGACGUGGAGUUCAUUGGCAAGGGUUGA